AUGGAAAGAGGAUGGAGGGAGAUGUCACCAACAUGUCCUAGAUGUGGCUCAUCCAACACCAAAUUUUGUUACUACAACAAUUAUAGCCUUACCCAACCUAGGUACUUUUGCAAAGGUUGUAGAAGGUAUUGGACCAAAGGUGGGUCCCUCCGAAACGUUCCGGUCGGCGGUGGUUGCCGGAAAAGCCGUCGAUCCCGGCCUUCCACUUUAAGACUAACUAUACCCACCUCAAAUCAAAGAAGUAACGAUACUUCUAUUUAUAGUAACUCUCAUCAUACCCAUCAAGAUGAACUUAAUGGGCAUAGUUCCAACGCUCCUACAAUCGAUCUUGCCGUUGUUUACGCCAAUUUCUUGAACCAAAAACCGCAAAAUUGUACCAAUAAUGAUCAAAUGAUCCAUAAUAUUGAUGAUUUGUCUUGCAUACCCGAUGCUACAACAAUUGUUCCAACAUCCCAAAUCAUUUUACAAAAUAAUGAUCAUGAUUCUUUAUAUUCUCAAGGAGUUCUUCCUUUGCCUGAAUUGAUAAACGAUACAAAUAAUACUUAUUCAGUUAACCAUCAAAAUCAAGUAUUGUUUGGUACUGAAGCAUUAGGGUUACCCAUGUUGCCCGGAGAAUCAUUAAUGAAUCAUGAUCAUCAUCAUGAUGAAGUUGUUCCGCCAUGGUCGGGUAAUUCUACAGUGGUUGGCUUUCAAGAUUUCGGGUCGGAUUCACAAUUAUCUAAUAUGUUUAAUACUACUUGUUGGAGUCCUCUUGAUUUGCCAGGUUUUGAAACUUCUUCUUCAUCUUCUAAGCUUUGA